AUGGCACAUUUUCCUUUUCAGGACAGAAACAAGGAAGGAGAGAAGAGAAAGAAGGAGAGUAUCUUCGACCUGUCCAAGUACAUCGAUAAACAGAUCCGUGUCAAGUUCCAGGGAGGACGAGAGGGUGAAUCACUUUUAACCUUUUCGUCUAGCUAUUGAAAAGAAAGUGAAGAUCAUACAUACUUAGUCCUUUUUCAUUACUAUGUUAAAACCUGAAGAAGGGAGGAGAGGGGGGGAGAAAAAUACUGUGGGACUUGGUGCUUCCAAAAGAGAACACUGGCAACCUUUUGCCUGUCUGGAAAUGCUGUUCCGUGACAGGUCAAAGUCCCCAUUUUCUUCCCUGCCGUUUUGCUUCCAUUCAAGAUAAUAAUCCUUAUUUAUUUGUGUCAGCCAGUGGAGUCCUGAAGGGGUUUGACCCCCUGUUGAACCUGGUAUUGGACAGCACCAUUGAGUACUUGCGAGGUAUGUAGCCGAAACUAAGUCUUGCUUGAAUGAUCUCAUAUCACUUCUACAGAAGUGAAAAUGCACUCCUGUGAUGUUGCCCUUCAGUUAAAAAAUUGACAAUGAAACAAGGUCCUAUCAUUUGCCAUUUUCUAAAGAAGGUUGUGCUGGGACAUUCAUGGUGGAGUUUCACAUACUAUCAAUGACCUCUGACCUGUUAUGCCACUUCCUUCUCCAAUAAAAUGUGGUUUGAUUUGUUAUUUCCAGACCCUGAUGACCAGUUCAAGCUGACCGAGGACACGCGACAGCUGGGCCUGGUGGUGUGUCGAGGGACCUCAGUGGUGCUCAUCUGUCCUCAGGACGGCAUGGAGGCCAUCCCCAACCCCUUCAUCCAGCAGCAGGACGGAUAGUUCGCCAGCCUUGUGCCUCUUGAUUACCUCACAGUAGCCCAAUUCCUGGGGUGAAUCUUAAUUGUAUUUCCUUGAUUCCACAAGUCCUCUCCUUGCUUCCAAUAUGCUUUGAAAAGUUGACAAGGUAGGAGGACGUGAGGAAUCAAGGAAAUAUUAUUGAGCUUCACUACUAUUCUCACCUGCCCCUUCUACCUGAGGUGUACUUCAUGUUCACUUCCAUCAGCCCCACACGUUUUUCUGAGUCCCUAUAAAUCAGGAAAAUUAUUUUGUUGUAGUUUAAUUGGUGUCACCAGCCUGAAUGUUGAUCUAGUAGGCAGUAGAAAAUGGUGUGAUAAGCGUGUGUUUUGUUUAGAAAUGAGGAAUAGUGGUUUAAAUGUUCAUUUGGGGGGUGGAGUUUGUCUGACUAGAUAAGUGAAAACAAAUUUUUGCUGUGAUGGUAAACAUAAAAAAAUAACUUUUUACUAUAGUUUUCCCUAAGUCAGGCCAGGUUUGAACGUUAUGGCAUAUUAUGUUUUUACAUUACAAAUGUAAUAAAUUUACUAUUUUCUUUAA